CCCCAGUUGUGCAGAGGGCAGUGUUCAGGAAAGGCAUUAGCGAAAUUCUUGUCAACAAACUCGUAUAGAGGGUGAUUUUGCACGUUUGCUCCAUGGACAUUUCGUGACAUACGUCUUUCUAUAUCAAGGGAACGGACCAUGACCACUGUCAACAUCACCAGAGACCUCCUUCACCGGCAGAUCAGGGAUAAAGGAGCAUCAGGUUUCCAAAGACUCUACCAUGUGACAGACCCUUUCAUCAAGAGACUGGGACUUGAGACGGAGCUGCAGGGUCAUACUGGCUGUGUGAACUGUUUGGAGUGGAAUGAACGUGGAGACCUUCUGGCCUCUGGCUCGGAUGAUCAACAUGCCAUCAUCUGGGACCCUUUCAAACAAAAGAAGCUUACAACUAUGCAUACAGGCCAUGCAGCAAACAUCUUCUCUGUAAAGUUCCUUCCUCACUCUGGUGACAGGAUUUUGGUGACAGGUGCUGCAGACACAAAGGUUCAUGUGCAUGACGUCACUGCAAAGGAAACCAUCCACAUGUUUUCUGAUCAUACAAACAGGGUCAAACGCAUUGCCACAGCACCCAUGUGGCCCAACACAUUCUGGAGUGCUGCAGAGGACGGUGUUAUAAGGCAAUAUGAUCUUCGGGAGAGCAGUAAACAUUCAGAAGUUCUCAUAGACUUGACAGAGUUCUGCGGUCAGCUGGUGGAAGCGAAAUGUUUAGCUGUUAAUCCACGGGACAACAAUUACCUAGCCGUGGGAGCUAAUGGGCCAUUUGUACGGCUCUAUGACAUUCGAAUGAUUCACAAUUAUAGAAAAUCUAUGGUGCAGAGCACAUCUGCCGCUGUGCACACGUUUUGUGACAGAAAGAAACCCAUCCCAGACGGAGCAGGGCAGUAUUAUGUAGCAGGUCAUUUACCUGUCAAACUACCCGACUACACUAACCGCCUCAGGGUGUUGGUAGCUACUUAUGUCACUUUCAGUCCAGAUGGCACUGAGCUACUUGUUAACAUGGGGGGUGAACAGGUAUACUUGUUUGACCUCACAUUUAAACAAAAACCAUACACUUUCUUUCUUCAAAAGAAGUACCAGUCAUCACCAGAGCUACAGAACGGCAGGAAGACCAAUGGUGUAUCUAAUGGUAUUCACCUUCAAACAAGCCAUAUUCGAUUAGCUGGAAACAAGAUUCAUGCUUGUUCUUCUGAGCUUCCUCCUCACUUGGAGAAAAUAAAGCAACAGGCGAAUGAUGCAUUUGCACGACAGCAAUGGACACAGGCCAUCCAACUAUACAGCUUAGGUAUUCAUCAAGCUGACUGCAAUGCAAUGUUAUAUGGUAACCGUGCUGCAGCCUAUAUGAAACGGAAGUGGGAUGGUGACCAUUAUGACGCUCUCAGGGAUUGCCUGAAGGCUCUGAGUCUCAACCCUGCCCAUCUGAAGGCUCAUUUCAGGCUGGCACGAUGUCUCUUUGAGCUUAAAUAUGUGACAGAGGCCCUGGAGUGUUUGGAUGACUUUAAGGGAAAGUUUCCCGAGCAGGCUCACAGUAGUGCGUGUGACGCCCUUGAUAAAGAUAUAAAAGCUGCUUUAUUUGCUAAAAAUGAAUCAGAAGACAAAAAGGCCAACAGCUCUGUUAGAUUUCACUCAUUCAGUCGAAAGGAGUCGAUCCCUGAAGAUGAACUGGCACUGAGAGAGCGCAGUUUUGACUACAAGCAUCGAUACUGUGGUCACUGCAAUACAACCACGGAUAUUAAGGAAGCUAACUUUUUUGGAAGCAAAGGGCAGUACAUCGUCAGUGGUUCAGAUGAUGGUUCUUUCUUUAUUUGGGAAAAAGAGACUACAAACUUGGUGAGGAUACUACAGGGAGAUGAGUCAAUCGUCAACU